GCAAGCGAAGCUGGUGAGCUCGUGCACAGUAAAAACAGGAAAGGCGCAACGGUCGACGUGUAACCUUUUCAAACCGCAAGUUAUUAGUUUCAGACUUCCCUCUCCCUCCUUCAGCUUCUCUCUGGGGUUGAAGUAGAUAUUCCAUGAUUUCCAUAAUUCCAUCUCAAAUUAGCUUCGUGGCACAUCUGCGCCCGGUGCGCAAUUUAACAACUCGUUCUAUCUUCGCCGCAUUUGUAUGCGUCUGAGAUUGAGAGAUCUGUACACUGUGAAUCCUCUACACAACAACCACGCUACUGGUUUUUCAUUUGCUCUUCUUCGCUGCUCUUCCAUGAUCUCGUCAUCACUGAAAAUGGAAGAAGCAACUACUGUCCAAUCAGGUAGGAUCCGAGUACUCAAAGAAGUAACCAAACCGUCUAAACAGAAGAUGGGUCCCGUUGUCUACUGGAUGUUCAGGGAUCAACGCUCCAGAGACAAUUGGGCAUUAAUCCAUGCCGUCGAUCAAGCCAACAAAGCUAACGUCCCGGUCGUCGUCGCUUUCAACCUGUUCGAUCAGUUCAAAGGCGCCAAAGCUCGGCACCUCGGGUUCAUGUUGAGGGGUCUGCAACAGCUCCAACGCAAUCUCGACGAAACCUUCGGAAUCCCAUUUUUCUUGUUUCAGGGAGAAGCCAUAGAAACCAUUCCCCAUUUUCUGAAAGAAUGUGGGGCUUCACUUUUGGUGACGGACUUCUCGCCACUUCGGGAAGUUCGAGGAUGGAAGGAGGAAAUCUGUAAGAGGGUGAACGAUUCGGUAACUGUGCACGAAGUCGAUGCUCACAAUGUAAUACCCGUUUGGAUAGCAUCACAGAAACUGGAAUAUAGUGCAAAGACCAUAAGGGGAAAGAUUCAUAAACUGCUUCCUGAGUAUCUCGUUGAUUUUCCCAAGCUUCCAUCCCCAAACAGACAAUGGGCUACCACAAAUGAGGUUGUCGAUUGGGAAAACCUCAUCACUGAUGUUUUGAGAAAAGGGGUAGAAGUUCCGGAAUUGGAAUGGUGCGAACCAGGAGAAAAUGCUGCAUUGGAAGUGUUACUGGGAAGCAAAGAUGGGUUCUUGUCGAAUAGGUUGAAGAACUAUUCUACUGAUAGGAAUAACCCUUUAAAACCGAAAGGACUAUCUGGCCUCUCUCCUUACUUGCAUUUUGGGCAAAUAUCCGCACAGAGAUGUGCCUUGGAAGCACGUUCUAUCCGGAAACUCCAUCCACAGUCAGUCGAUGCAUUCCUGGAGGAGUUGAUUGUGCGAAGGGAACUUGCUGAUAACUUUUGCUUUUAUCAGCCUCACUAUGACUCAUUACAGGGUGCAUGGGAAUGGGCCCGUAAAACAUUGAUGGACCAUGCUCCUGAUAAGAGAGAGCAUAUUUAUACGAAGGAGCAAUUGGAAACGGCAAAAACUGCUGAUCCUCUCUGGAAUGCAUCUCAGUUGGAGAUGGUUCAUUAUGGGAAGAUGCAUGGCUUCAUGCGGAUGUAUUGGGCAAAAAAGAUUCUUGAAUGGACACAUGGACCAGAAGAAGCCCUAUCAAUAGCAAUAUAUCUGAAUGACAAGUAUGAAAUAGAUGGGAGGGAUCCGAAUGGGUAUGUUGGUUGUAUGUGGUCCAUAUGCGGUGUUCAUGACCAGGGUUGGAAAGAGCGACCUGUUUUUGGUAAAAUACGUUAUAUGAACUAUGCUGGCUGCAAAAGGAAAUUUGAUGUGGAUGGUUACAUUGCAUAUAUAAAGAGGCUGGUUGGUGAAACCAAGAAGAGGAAGGCAGAAGGUUUGGUCAAUGUGUCACCAAAGGAACCUCGAAUUUCAAAAAUUGGAUCUUAACCCAAGCCCUGAGAAAGGUAUUGAGAAAGCAGAAGUAAUUUUCCAAGAUCAUUUAGGUUAAUUCUAACCCAUAUCAAUAAUACUCCAGUACUCCAUAGAUUGUGGAGACCAUUUCUUGCCUUGUAAUUUCUGUGGGUUGAUUGUUAUUGCUAAAUUGGAAAUUUUGGUUUCCUGGCUUACCAUCAGUUUCUCUGCAUAGAUUGAAGGUCUCCUUUGCAUUUGGAACCAAAAGUAAAAUAUCAAAUUUAGCAUCAAGCAAUUGCAGAAUUAAAUUAAAUCCAUGAAGGAUGUAGUCUAUGUUCAUUUCAUCUCUUCUUACAGUCUGUACUCUGUAGGCAUCUUAUCAUAUGAAUGAAAUUUAUAGGUUGAUCA